CGCGCCCGUCAUAUUUCCCUCGCUCCUGAUUGCCCCGCCCCCCUUGGUCACCCGCCCCUCCCUCUCCUCCUCUUCCGCUUCGCCAUUUGCCGCCCUGGUUUGUCCCUCGCUUGUGAUGGCACUCCCUCUGACGGCCCUGAUCCAUCGAUCCUCACAUUCAAAGGCUGCUGCCUACGGCUCGUGCAUCAGCCAGAACGCCACCCAGAUCCACGGCAAGGGGCACUGCCAGAAGGAGUUCGAACUCUUCCGCGAGUGCGUGCGCAAGAGCCUGGUCUCCCGCUCAUGAGGUGCCUUCCCUGACGAUUUCCCAUCCAUCAAAAGGAAAAGAAAGAAAAUCAUCCCAAAUACAGACAAAUAUUCCC